AUGCUAGCCUUCCUCAAGAGCUAUGCAACGCCAACUGGCCCUGCAAGAAGGGUUGGAGAGGAAGAGGCAGGAAAUGACAUCACCAAUGCUCCUGGAAGAGUCAUGAACAGGACGGGCAGUGGUCAGCAGGGCAGUGAAGGCGAGGUGGCAUUGCACAUCUGGCUUCAGAACGACAGGCACUGCUCAGGGUGGGACGUUUCAUUUCUUCUUCUUUCCUGGUUUGAUUUCCAGACCAUUGUUCUUCAUAUACUGCUGUGCCUCCUCAUUUUCUACACAGUGUAUUACAUGACUGGAAGCAUUUGCUGUGGAGCAUUCAGGCUCAACAACUUUGGCAUGCUUAUCCCUUUUGAAUUCAACAUGGAACCAUCUUAUUCAAAUCCCAACUAUCUGGCAAAUGUGCUGUCGAUGGAGACCACCUUUCUGAUCAGCGGCCUCCUCUUCGCUGUGCUACUGAAACGCUGGGUCUGGGAUUAUACCAUCACUGUUACCAUGGCCCAUGUGCUCUUGACUGUUGCAGUAAUGAAAGAAUUUCCUCUGGUUUGGCAAUGGUGGCUGGCGCUUGCCAGCGGCCUCUUCAUCAUGAUUUGCAGUGGAGAACUCGUGACUUACCUCGCUUGCUCCAACACAGACAGCCUUCUUUAAGCUCAAAGCGGCCUCACUUCUUCACAUCAACAUGCAGCACAAGACGCUCCCUGCUCAUCGGAAAGGGACCAUGGAGCAUGCAAAAGGUCCCAGUUUCAAUUUCAGGCUUCUCCAGUUAAAUCAGGGGUGGGGAUCCCGCAGACUUCUAGCUGUUAUAGGAUUCCAAAUCCCAUCAGCCACAGCCAGCAUUGUCAAUAGUCAGAGAUCGGGGGGAAUUUGAGUCCAACACUUGGAGCAUCACAGGUUUUCCAUUCCAAAGUUAAAUGAAUCCCAGGUAGAAGGGAAUGUGAAGGACCACUGCCAGAGACCCUAGCAUAGAGAAUGCUGACCUAGAUGGACAUAUAGUCUGAUUUUGGCAGUAUAUGGCAGAUUCUUCCAGCGUUCCAUUUGAAAAAGACAGGCUGACAAGGGUGCCUAAGCAGACGGCAACAUUUAGCUGUUAAUCAAUUACAAAUAUCAGCUAACAAUGUGGCCUUGAUUAAACAAACAAAUUGCUAAUUUUAGAAAAUAUUUUAAAUACCUUACAAAAACUGCAGAGGGCAAGCACCAUCUAAUAUAGGCACUCCUUCCAGUGCUAGAAGGGAGGUGCCUCUGGAGUCUAUGAUGUCAUCUGCUGCAACACACACAUACUGAAACAAUGAAUGUUUCCUCCCCCUUAGAACUAUUGUUUUUGUACAACUAUAUGUAAUAUCAUUGU